AUGAAUAAACCUGCGCAGAUAUGGAAUGUAGAUGAGAGUGGUUUUAAUGAUGAUCCAGGUGGAAAAUCUGCAGUUGUGAAACGUGACACAGAGCAUCCUAAUUUAAUAUAUGGCAGUUCAGGAAAAUCUCAAACCAGGUUCUUCUGUGCACUUCGGCCUGCGGACGCUUUAGAUAAUGAUAUUCAUAUACUGACAUUACCGCCUCAUACAACACACGCAUUACAACCAUCAGAUGUUUAUACGUUAAAAAAUUGUCAAAACAGACUGGCGUCGUAUAUUACAUGA